AUGGCUCCUGGUAAGAAGCAGAAGAGCCAGAAGCCAACCAGCCCACCAAGAGAGCCUCCACUUACUGACAUUGAGAUAAAGAGGAUGCAAAACAUUAUUGAGAACAAUCGGUUGUUCCAGCGCCUUGGUCUGGUACAAUUACGUCAGAUGGUGAAUGCAAAGCCAAUCGGUGCUGCAAAGCCUAUGCGUGCUGCUAGUGAAUACUCUGGUUCAUUGUAUGAACCUGAAGAUGAGGACAUUGCACAAGAAGCAGUUGAUAAGGAGGCAAUGCUAGAUUUGGAGCCCUUGCAGCAUGAAAUUAGCAGCACUCUGCCAAAGAAUAUCUUUGCAGGAUCAAGAACGUCAAAGAGAGUGACGGCAAGACCGGAGGAGCAAAGCCAACCGGUUAUCACUAGGAAGAGGGCAAGGGAAUUAUUAGAAACUGCAGAAGAUUCCAAUGUUGCAGCUACAGACCUAGAAGAUGGUGCCUCAGAUCAAGAGUUGAUUGUUGCCAAUGCUGAUACCCAAUCUGACAGCCACAACAUGACUCGUCAAGAUCCAUGUAGGGAGAAAAGACGUAUGGGUAGAGGCUUGGAAAGGAUCUCUAGAGGAUUUGACAACAAGAUCAAACUGCACAUUGCUCCAGGCAACAAGCGGCCGGAGGCACCGAUGCAAGCUGCAAAGCUAGCAUCGAAGGCUGGUAUUUUUAUUCGGGGCCGUAUCCCAAUCUUCCCUCAUUGGAAGGAUUAUAAGGACCCUAAUGCUUUGGAGAUUAUGAAUGACUACAUGAAAAACAUUGGUGUAAGUGCACAACUUGUGUUUUCUUUUGCUCUCCAUUAG